AUGUCUGUAUUUGGUGUGGACUUCGGCAACCUUAAUUCCACCGUCGCAAUUACGCGCCAUGGAGGUGUUGACAUUGUGACCAAUGAAGUGAGUAGGCGAGAAACGACUACUAUUGUGUCUUUCCUGGAUAAUGAGCGUUUUAUUGGUGAACAAGGUCUUGACCGCUACGUACGUAACGCACAAAACACGGUUUUUCUGCUUAAGCGCUUCAUUGGCAUGUACAUGGAUGACCCCUUUCUUGAAGCAGAGCGUCGAUUCCUUACGUGUCAGAUUGAAGGCGACAAGGAUGGCCGACUUAUGUUCGGUGUUAACUACUGCGGCAACAUGAAUUACUUUUACCCGGAGCAGGUUUUGGCUAUGCUUCUUCAGAGACUCCGUCUAUAUGUGAAUGCCGCCGCUGCUUCGGAUUCAAAGCACUCUGUUGACGUUCGUGAUUGCGUAUUGACUGUCCCUUGUUACUAUACAUCAGAACAACGUCGUCUCAUGCUGCAGGCAUGCGAAAUUGCAGGGCUGAAUUGCUUGUCUCUCGUCAAUGACACCACCGCAGCAGGCAUUGACUACGGCAUUUUCCGAGGCUCUUCACUGGCUGAGACGGAGGCGGAGGGACAGGUGGUUGGUAUUCUUGACAUUGGAUACGGUACCACCAUCUUUGCCGUCGCGAAGUUCUGGCGUGGUCACCUCAAAGUUCUUGGUCGUACGUUUGACCGCCACCUUGGAACCCGUGAUCUUGACUACGAGCUUCUUAAAUACAUGGCGGCUGCGGUGAAGGAAAAGUACAAUGUGGAUGUUACCACCAACAAACGAGCGAAUCUUCGUCUUCUGCAGGCCUGCGAGCGACUUAAGUAUCUUCUUUCCGGAAAUCAAAUGGCGCCAUUAAAUGUGGAAAAUAUUAUGGAUAUUGACAUCAAUAUUCCCUCCUUCCAGCGGAGCACAUUUGAGGAACUUGCAACACCAUUGUUGGAACGUUUUAAAGAAAUUAUCCGGCGAGGCUUUGAAGAAUCCGGCGUGCCGCCAGAAAAGUUCCACAGUAUCGAGAUGAUUGGGGGAGGUUGUCGUAUUCCGAUGUUCAAGCGAGCGACAGAGGAGCUCUUGGGACGUCCACCAAGCUUUACACUUAACGCAUCGGAAACAGCGGCACGUGGUGCAGCCAUCACAGCAGCUAUUUUUUCGCCAAAGUUCAAAGUACGUGAGUUUGUCGUGAGCGAUUUUCCAACGUACCCGAUUAAACUCGGCUACUACUUGGAGAACGCAAUGAGCACAAGUGCUGUGCCAUUUUUGCCAGAUGUCAAUAAAGUGGUGACGGUGCUCGGCGAGAAGGAUCACUUUCCCAAAUUGUUGGAGAUUACCAUCAAGAGUCCAGGUGGCUCUAAGAUAUAUGCCUUCUACGAUAAUGAGCAUCCGCUUGUAAAGAUGCAUCUGCCUUUGGGAAAAUUCAUCAUCGGUGAGUGGGAGAUUGGGAAGCCACCAAAGGGUUCGGCUGCUACGGAGGUGCGCGUGCGUGUGCGUCUGCAUGCCAGCGGUCUUCUUCAUGUCGACUCUGCGUUUUCUGUGGAGACGUAUGAGGUGGAAGAACCUGCAACGGAAGAAAGUGAAAAGAAGGAUACUGCCGCUUCGAACAAAAGCGCGGAGUCGAAGAUUACCGACAAUGAGGAGGAAACAAGCGAGAAAAAGACAUCCGAAAAAAAAAUGGUAAAGAAGCAGAAACAGCGGCGUGUGGAGCUUACAGUUACACCGAGCCUUGACGUGAUUGGU